AUGCACCGUGCUUCUAGGAUUAAAUUGACCAAUCAUUUCCCGCGCGGUAAGGAGCGGCCAAUUACAGCGCUCGUCCGACUAUAUUAAGCCAAUCAAGAACAGUUUAUCGCUUAGUCGUCAGUCUGCAGUUGUGAUACGUGUGUCGUGCGCGUGUUUUUCUUCUUCUCUCUUCUCAAAUGAUUCUUAAACCUGUGAAACAAACGAAUCGCGUGAGAAAAAAAAAAGAAAGAUGAACAUUUGCCACGAAUUACUCGUGAUUGCUGCUAUUUUUUUCAACGUUUAAUCGUUCAGUGAUUCGGAUCGCCUUUCAUUUACCUCUUUUAGCGCGGUGGUUUUUUUUUUGCGAACAUUUAAAAUUGCCUAACUAAUCCGAACGGUAUCGAAAUCGCAAUUUGUUCAAUUGAAUUUUGAAUUUUUUUCGUUAUUUGCAGUUAUUCGUCAAACGUGCGGGGAAGAACUGUGUAAAAAAGCGCAAGAGAAGCACGUGAAAGAGCUUGGAAUGAUAUGCAUUUUAUUAUAUAUGGCCUGUAUGAUAAGCUUAUUCAUUUCUAGUGACGCUUCACAUCAAUAUACAGACGUCGAUACAAUAUUUCGUAAAAACUUUUCAGUAUCACUGAUCACGUGCUUCACACCGUAGGAAAUUCAUUGUUUAGCAGUCCACUGCAAUGAGUGUAUACUCUCUCAUUUGGGCGCAUCUGGGUCGACGAAUAUCGAAAAAACAAUUCACUGAAAGUACGCACGAACGUUGUAUGUGCAACAUGCGGUAGCAGAAGACGGCCACGCGUCCAGCUGAAUCUGCAACUGAGUCGCAACAUCGAAGUAAUCCUCUUUGGCUUAUGACGACUUUGCAUUUUUAACGCAAACAGUUUGAAACAAACCUCGUGCUAUGUUCUUUUCAUCUUACUUUUCAAGUAUGAGACGAGCGAAAGAAAAACGGAUCAUUGUUCGAAUUGUUUUUCUAAGUUCCGAUAGUACAUGAAUGUUUGUUUGAGGUUCCGGGGCAGUUCCAUGGAAAAGAUUGUUCACCAACUUCGAGUCAUACCAUGGAGGCGAACGAUGAAUACGGUGUUUGAUGAAACGAGAAGCGUUAAGUUGGGUCGCGGGGCAAAGAAAUCAAAGAUUCGAUUGUAGACUCUCCCUCUCUAUCGUGCGUGCAUACAUUUCCACCGAAAUAGAAGUUUAUUGUGCAUUUCAUUUUAAGGACCAAAAUGAUGGUGUCUAUCUUCCUAUUUUGCAGUACGAUUUAUCUGGAAAGAAAAAAAUUGGAUAUCUUCGGAAGCAUUUUUGAUACACAUGGAUAUAAUGCAUACAAAGCAUACAAAUUUUCAAAACAAAAGCAACAGGUUUCAGUCUGGGACGAAAGAAUGAAGCUUGAAAUUUUUUCGGAGACGAACAGAGGAAGAAAGAACAGGCUGAGAUAGUGGGCGACUUUAAAUGACUACUCGAGGUCGCUUCAAUGAGUACUACUGUGUGUCAUUGCAUCAUUAUAGUGUGUACGAUAUAUAGUGUACAGUGUACGGUACCACGUCCGGGCUAAUAAUUAUAACGUAUAUCUUUUAUUAUCCGCACCGUUUUGUAAUGAUUUUAUCAGUAUCAGUAUCAGUUUCAUGAGAUGAAAUUUUCCUUUGUUUCUUCUUUUAAUUAAAAUUUUUGACUAAUAUAACAUUAAGUAAAUAUAACCAUAAUAAAUCAGAUAUUUAUAAAGGGGGAAAAAGAUUCAAUGAUUAUGUAGAAAAAUGUUACAAGCAAGAAUGUUUGUAAGAUGUAUUUCAUAAACAGACUAACUCAAUUAACUUAAGACUUCUAUCCCUUUCAUAAAAUGAUUGCAGUGUGCAUGCAGUGAAUGUGUCAUGCAAUAUCUAUGAGCUACCGUAUUCUUCUGCCGAUUAUCUAAUCUCGCGCUAAAUUAUAACGAAACGUGGGCACUUUAUAUUAAGAUCUCUCCUUUGGCCUGUUUUAUUGUCUAGUAAUCAAUGAAUUUAAUUUUGCUCAUCUAAUGAAAAAUUUAAAUUAAGGUUUAAGUCAAAUAUUUAAAUAAUUUGAAAUUUAAAAAGUAAGUGAUUAUAAUAAUUUAUAGGGAUAUGUCACCAUCGCGUCAUCAAGAAGAUUGCAUGGCUAUCAUAACAACGGAAGGACUACGGUACAUCAGAAGUUAAUCCUGUCUUGUUCAUAAGUACUAGUGCCGCAGGAGUGACUAGGUUGGGUUAAAAAUUACCAUAUCUCCUGCUGCUCAAGUGCUUAUCAAUGGGUCCGGACUCACAUCUAUCUUUCAAAUCGUGCAUUGAAAUAAAACCUGUUUGAAGUGAAAUUUUACAGAUGUCAUUUAAAUGUACAAUGUAUAUACUUCAAAAAUUAUAAUUUGCAUAUACUAAUGUAAUAAUAAUGAAUAAAUAUUCUAUUCCAUAUUUGUAAUUGUUU